CAAAUACAACUGAACAUUUAGCUGAGGAUACCAGAGUCUGAGUGCAAUAAUGCACUCCUGUCUAUUGAAUUAUUAGAAAAUAAUGCACACAUGAGCUUUAAUGGCCACUUCGCUUCACAUCAUGGCUUCAUCACUACCUCAAGUUUUCAUUAUUUUCUAAUAAUUCAAUAAACCUAAGUAAAUUAUUCCUGAUAUAUACUAUGGGUAUGUUGAAUGCUUGAUUCUGAUUGGCUGAUGAAUAUUUUAAGUAAUCACCACCUUUGGUGUGCAUUAAUGUCUGAUAAUUCAACAGAUGAAAGUGAAUCACUCCGCUUAUCCAUAGCUUUUGAAUGCUUGAUUCUGAUCGGCUGAUGCCCUUAUUUUCAGAUAAACACAGAUAAAGUAGUUCCAGCAGGUUUUGAGCGCUCCGUAUCACUACGCUGAAUGAUUUGAGUUAUUUUAAAGCAGGGGUCACCAAACUUGUUCCUGGAGGGCCGGUGCCCUAUACAGAUUUUAGCUCCAACUCUAAUCAAUCACACCUGAACAAGCUAAUCAAGGUCUUAUUAGGUAUACUUGAAACAUCCAGGCCGGUGUGUUAAGGCAAGUUGGAGCUAAACUCUGCAGGGACACCGGCCCUCCAGGACCGAGAUUGGUGACCCCUGUUUUAAAGCAUACGACAGAUGAAAAUCACAUCAAAACACAACAGAAGGCUUUGGAGGAGAUGUGGAAGAAACUAGUGCUACACACAGAAGCUGUUUAAGGACAAUAACCUGACAAAUCAACUCUCAAACACAACUGAACAGUGGGAAUCGUAUUAUAAGAAGAAUCCGGGCUGCUGAAUUAUUCGAAAAGAGGAUUUCCAGCUGGCUUUUUGAUUCUUUCAGAUCUGACCGAACUGCACUUCUCUCCUCCUCCUCCUCCGAUAACACAGAGCAGCUUCAGUACGUCACUCCUUCAUUUCUCUCAUCCUCCGCUCAGCGAACAUCCCCUCCAGCAGCACUAUGGACAGCACACUAUCAGCGUACUCUGAGAAGCUGAGAGAGAUGUCGGUGUUGUCUCUCAUCUGCUCAUGUCUGUAUAAUCAGCCACAUCCCAACACCUUCGGCCAGUUUGAAGAUAUGGAGGUGAAGUCUCUGAAUAAGCGAGCGUCUGGCCAGGCGUUUGAGGUCAUCCUGAAGAGUCCGACUGACCCGUCUCCAGAAAGACCCCAGACGCUGGCACUGCCACCCCAGAGGAAGGAGCCCUCGCUGGGAGAGCUGCAGAGGAGGCUGGAGGCCGCAGAGGCCAGGCGCAGGUCCCAGGAGAAGCAGGUCCUGAAGCAGCUGGCGGAGAAGCGCGAGCGGGAGAAAGAGGUGCUCACUAAAGCUCAGGAGGUCAACAACAACUACAGCAAGAAGACAGAGGAGAAACUCAACCAUAAAAUGGAGAUGAUCACAGAAAACCGCAUGGCCCGUCUCAAUGCUCUCAAGCAGCGUCUGAGAGAGAAGGAGAUUCACGCCGAAGAGGUCCGUAAGAAUAAGGAGCUUCACAUUGAUCUUUCUGGUUAAGGACACUCUGGAGCCACAAGACGUCCAGUAAAGACAGCAGUCGGGCAGCAAUUUCUCAUUCUUUGGCCACACUGUCUUAAGAGGUCAUAUCAAACUCACUCACCAUACCAGUUUUCUUUAUCAGUAAACAUCACACACACACACGCACACACCAUGUAGAAAAAAAAAGUAUGUGAAUCCCCAAACACCACAGCCAUACUAGUUGAAUGUGUAUUUUAGAAAUAUGGGCAUUAAGGGUGCUUUGACCCACACCAUUGACAAAUUAAAUUGUUUAUUCUAGCAUUUUAAGCCGCUUUGGUUCCUUGUGACAGCACUGAAACAAACCCACAUACAGUUACGUGACAACAUCCACCUCGCUCAUCGUCUAAAGUGAAACUAAUUUCUUACAUUUAAUUUGGAUUGAUAAAAAUUCGAGGCUCUGUGGAGCAAAACUGCUUAAGCACAAACCGUCAACACACUUGUCAAUCAAUUCUUUGUGGUUCGUAGAUCAAUAGUUGUAUUUAAUUGUGGAUUCUUUCUGCCAUCGAUUCUGAGUGCUCCAAGCUAGUUUCUAACAGCCGAUGGCUCUCUAAGCUAGUUUUUACCUGCAGAUGGCGCUCUAGACGUGCUUUUAACACCAGAUGGUGAUCUAGAAUUGUUUUUUAUACCAGAUGGCGUUCUAUACUUGUUUCAACAGCAGAAGGCGCUCUAGGCAUGUUUUAACCAACAGAGGGUGCUCUAUGCUAGUUUUAACAGCAGAUGGCGCUCUAGACUUGUUUUUAACAGCAGAUGGCGCUCUAGACUUGUUUUAACAGCAGAUGGCACUCUAGGCUUGUUUUUAUCAACAGAGGGUGCUCUAGGCUAGUUUUUACAGCAGAUAGCCCUCUAGGCUAGUUUUAACAGCAGAUGGCGAUCUAGACUGGUUUUAACAGCAGAUGGCGCUCUAGGCUAGUUUUUACAGCAGAUAGCGCUCUAGGCUAGUUUUAACAGCAGAGUGGCUCUAGGCUAGUUUUAACAGCAGAGGGUGCUCUAGGCUAGUUUUAACAGCAGAUGGUGCUCUAGGCUAGUUUCAACAGCAGACGGCGCUCUAGGCUAGUUUUAACAGCAGACUGUGCUCUAGGCUAGUUUUAACAGCAGAGGGUGCUCUAGGCUAGUUUUAACAGCAGAUGGCGCUCUAGGCUAGUUUUAACAGCAGAGGGUGCUCUAGGCUAGUUUUAACAGCAGAUGGCGCUCUAGGCUAGUUUAAACAGCAGAUGGCGCUCUAGGCUAGUUUUAACAGCAGAUGGCCCUCUAGGCUAGUUUUAACAGCAGACGGCUCUCUAGGCUAGUUUCAACAGCAGAUGGUGCUUUAGGCUAGUUUUAACAGCAGAUGGUGCUCUUGGCUAGUUUUAACAGCAGACAGCGCUCUAGGCUAGUUUUAACAGCAGACGGCGCUCUACGCUAGUUUUAACAGCAGAGGGUGCUCUAGGCUAGUUUUAAAAGCAGACGACGCUCUAGGCUAGUUUUAACAGCAGACGGCGCUCUACGCCAGUUUUAACAGCAGAUGGCGCUCUGGGCUAGUUUUAACAGCAGACAGCGCUCUACGCUAGUUUUAACAGCAAAUGGUGCUCUAGGCUAGUUUUAACAGCAGAUGGCACUCUAAGCUAGUUUUAACAGCACAGGGUGCUCUAGGCUAGUUUUAACAGCAGACGGCGCUCUAGGCUAGUUUUAACAGCAGUCAGGUGCUCUAGGCUUAUUUGAACAGCAGGUGUUACUUUUAUUACUUCCUUAUUAGCUGAUGUUGAUCCAGAAACAUGCCCUACUUGGCAAAAUCCCAGUCACAUGCUUGGUAAACAAGGCUGUUGUCCAAAACUGUUGCACAAUUCUUCAUGUCAGUGUGUGGAAUUUAAUUAUUAGACAAGUCAAAUGUCUUUAUUAUAAGGGGGUGUUCACAUACUUUUGCCUGUUAAAAACAAACAACUUAGAUCAGCGUAAAUUUCCAGAUGAAUAUGUUUAUGGUUGGCACUGUUGGUAUGUUUCUGACUCAUAAAACCAGCUAGUCCAGUACAUGAAAACCAACAUAAAGGAGAUGUACACCAACAUCAUCCGGACAUUUAUUCUGCUCAAGGUUGUUGUUUAGCCAAGCUGAAUCUCACAAACCCCAAAAAAACAUGACUCUGUGUCCACAUUUACACUGCACUUUAUAGACUAUGAUUCAUUCACAUCGGUAGUUUAGGUGCAUUUCAUGGGUCAGAUCUGCUGGCUUGUUUUUCAGUGACCCGAAAGAGAAAUGUCUAAGCUAUUUGCUGCUAACUGAUUAGUGAACCGCAUUUGAAACAAGAUUAAAGCAAAACAUGUUGUUCUUAA